AUGUCCGUCCCUCCCAGUGUAGCGCCAGCCCGACCUUUUUACGCUUCGGCUAUGCCGCUUUCCACCUCUUCGUCUUCGGCGCCGAUGACCACGCCGACAUCUCGCAAGACCGUCCGUUUCCAGGCCACUCACGUUCACGCUGACGACUCGGUGCGCCGCUCCAGCAACGGCGGCACGUCCGAGGCCGCAGCUGCAGCAGCCACUUCCAAUGUGACCCCCACAUCCUCCUUGGCCACUACCACCAUCACCUCCUCCUCAAUCGUUCGGCCAACCUUGCUGCAGCCACGCGUGGCCGUCGUGCUCGGCGUGCCCGGCCGCUGGCACCUGCCGCUCUUUGCUUGUCGCCUGCUCUCCGUCGUCCCCGCCAUAUGGUGGAGUCUUGGCAUCCUCAUCCGCCUGCUCAUCCAGCUGCACGCCCUGCUGCUGGCUCAUGGCAACUUCGGUAGCGGUGGCGGCGGCGAUGGUGAGCCCCCCAAGCCAGGCGGUCAGGGCGUCGGUGGCAGCCAUGGGCUGUCGCUGGAGAGCCGCCUGAAACUGACUGAGACUGCUCUGGCCAUGAUCUGGGUGAGCGAUGUCUGGCUUCUCAACUACACCCCCCAGGCCACCAUCGUCCGGCUGCUCGCCAUCAACGCCCUCUAUGGCUACCUCACGUCCUGGGUCAUCUACCUCGCCGGCAGCAACCGUGACUCCCGCCUCCUGUUGCCUGCCUGGGUCUCCAUAGCCGCCACCCUCACUGCUCUCUACCAUGUCACCCAGCGCAAGAUCAACAUCCGCAAGGAGACGUCCAUCUCCAUCAGCGUCUUCUCCGGUGCCAGCUUCAUCAGUAUGGUCUCCCUGUUGGCACAGCUCUAUUGGGACCGUCCCGAGUACGCCGAUGUGCCCGUCAUAUCCAUCGCCUACUGCGUCUGUACCGAGGUCGCCCGCAUCGCCGGUAACCUCUUUGACAUUGGCAACAUCACUAUGGAUCUCUAG